AUCCCCCCUUCCGGGCAGCGCCUCACUCCCGCCCCGGCGAGCACCAUGCCUACCUGCCGCCUCGGUCUGCUCGUCGCCGCCCUCCUCCUUGGCCUGCUGCUGGGCCUCCCCCCGGUCACAGGCACAGGAGCAGAGAAAUCAGGCGUGUGCCCCGCGCUAGAGGCGGACCUGAACUGCACGCAGGAGUGCCUCUCGGAUGGGGAAUGCGCGGACAAUCUCAAGUGCUGCCGGGCCGGCUGCGCCACCGUCUGCCAGAUGCCCAAUGAAAAGAAGGGUUCCUGCCCUCAGGUGGACAUCGCCUUCCCCCAGCUCGGCCUCUGCAUGGACCAGUGCCAGGUGGACAGCCAGUGUCCUGGUCUGUUGAAAUGCUGCCACAAUGGUUGCGGGAAGGUGUCCUGUGUCACACCUGUCUUCUGAGCCACCAGCCUGAGGAGUGGGGGAGUGGAAGUGUCUGCCUGGCCCUGUCUGGCUCCAGCCCAGCUGCCCUCCUCCCUUCCUGGCCUCUGUGCUCCCCUCCUGAGCGGCCACAGCUGCUUCUUUUCCAACCAAUAAAGUGACCACUUCCAG